GGACUCGGAGACAUUGCACCCUCACACUCUCAUUGGAGCUCGGCGGAUGAAGGUGGAGGAUCAUCAUCAUCAUCACCACCACCAUCAUCUCCAUCCUUUGCUGUGCAGCCUGAUGGUUUAGUUGCUGCUGUUGCUGCUCCAGGCUCGAUCUGCUCCUCUGUUUUGGGCUUUUUUCCCUUUUUCUUUUGACUCCAUUUUCAUCAGGAUAAACACUUGUUUUUGCGCGCUUAUUUAUGGAAACCAUUUGUUUGUCUUUGCUUCAAGAGGAAUAAGUGGAGGAUCCAAGGGUCUGGAAGAAGAAUCAGGUUAAAUAUCCCGCUGACCAAAGUCGCGUUUCUGUUGGGGGCCCCGGAGGAGCCGCCGGAGCCGCGAAGCUGCUGUCCGCGUGGAGCGGAGCCGAAGUCCCGCGUGCGGCCGCCAGGAGCUCCGCUAAGCCCCGCGACAUCACCAGCAUGUCCAGUAACGGAGCGAAAGCGUCGGAUGGACACGUCCUGACCGAGCUGAACGACGCGCCCGCCACCAACGACAAACCCAAGACGCUGGUCGUAAAGGUGCAGAAGAAAAAAGAGCUGCCCGACCGAGAGACGUGGGCCGGCAAGUUCGACUUUCUGCUGUCGUGUGUCGGGUACGCGAUCGGGCUCGGGAACGUCUGGAGGUUUCCUUACCUGUGCGGCAAAAACGGAGGAGGAGCCUUCUUGAUUCCUUAUUUUCUGACACUUAUAUUUGCCGGCAUGCCCCUGUUUCUGCUCGAAUGCUCUCUCGGUCAGUACACCUCCAUCGGCGGCCUCGGGGUGUGGAAGCUGGCACCCAUGUUCAAGGGUGUCGGCCUGGCAGCAGCAGUUCUGUCCUUCUGGCUCAACAUUUACUACAUCGUCAUCAUCUCCUGGGCUAUUUACUACCUGUAUAACUCCUUUACUAAGGAGCUUCCGUGGAAAUCCUGCGACAAUCCCUGGAACACAGAGCGCUGCUUUUCCAACUACAGCCUCCCCAACACGGCGAACAUGACCAGCGCCGUGGUGGAGUUUUGGGAACGUAACGUGCACCAGCUCACCGACGGACUGGAGAAACCCGGGGAGAUCAGGCUGCCGCUGGCCAUAACGCUGGCCAUCGCGUGGGUCCUGGUCUACUUCUGCAUCUGGAAAGGUGUGGGAUGGACAGGAAAGGUGGUCUACUUCUCAGCCACGUACCCGUACUUCAUGCUGCUGAUCCUCUUCUUCCGUGGAGUGACGCUGCCAGGGGCCACAGACGGCAUUUUAUUCUACAUCACACCUGAUUUCCAAAAGCUGAAGGAGUCCGAAGUGUGGCUCGAUGCUGCCACCCAAAUUUUCUUCUCAUACGGACUCGGUCUGGGGUCUCUAAUCGCCCUCGGAAGCUACAACCCCUUCAACAACAACGUGUACAAGGAUUCCAUCAUCGUCUGCUGCAUCAACUCCUUCACCAGCAUGUUCGCCGGCUUUGUCAUCUUCUCCAUCGUGGGAUUCAUGGCGCACAUCACCAAAAGGCCGAUCGCCGACGUGGCCGCGUCAGGUCCCGGUUUGGCCUUCUUGGCGUAUCCAGAAGCCGUUACCCAGCUGCCCAUCUCUCCACUGUGGGCGAUUCUCUUCUUCUCCAUGCUGCUCAUGCUGGGAAUCGACAGUCAGUUCUGCACGGUGGAGGGUUUCAUCACCGCCCUGGUGGACGAGUUCCCCCGUCUGCUGCGAGGACGACGAGAAAUCUUCAUCGCCAUCGUCUGUCUGGUGUCUUACAUAAUCGGCCUUUCGAACAUCACGCAGGGCGGCCUGUACGUCUUUAAGCUUUUUGAUUACUACUCAGCCAGUGGAAUGUGUCUGCUCUUCCUGGUCUUCUUCGAGUGCAUCUCCAUCUCCUGGUUCUACGGUGUCAAUAAGUUCUACGGCAACAUCGAGGAGAUGAUCGGGUACAAACCGUGCAUCUGGUGGAAGCUGUGCUGGGUGGUGUUCACGCCCCUGAUCGUGGCUGGUGUGUUCCUGUUCAGCGCCAUUCAGAUGGUUCCUCUCACCAUGAAUAACUACGUGUUCCCAAAAUGGGGACAGGGUGUAGGGUGGUGCAUGGCCUUGUCCUCGAUGGUUCUAAUUCCCGGGUACAUGGUCUACAUGUUCCUCACCUUGAAAGGCUCGUAUAAGGAGCGUUUGAGGAUAAUGACCCAGCCCACGGUGGUGGUGAAGACUCAGGAGAACGGACCAGAGCAGCAGCAGCCCGAAAACCAGACCAACGACGAGGCGUACAUCUAAAACCCGCGGCGUCCGGCAAGAGCCGCCUCUCUUCUGAACAAAAUCGAACCAAGUAAUCGAGGUUGAGCACCAUACCGGGGACUUCCACGUCUAAAAUAUAAUCACCUACCUCCAGGGGGGGGGGGAUAACGUGAGCAACCCGAUUACGAGUGAAUAUUUUAAACGUGUGUGUGAAAAGUGUGUGGGGUCGAUCCCCCCGCCACCUAGCGCUAGUUCUUAUUGCGUAUGCAAAAAUAUAUAUUAGUUUUUAUUUCCAAAAGGACGUAACAUUAUAACGCUCGAUUACCGUUCAGAUCCCCACGUGAUUGAACGCUACUGUGCUAAUUCCGUAUCUAUUUACCCGCUGUAAUUAUGUUACCAUACUGUAUAAAGAUCUUAGAUUAGAAUCAAAUUGUAUUUGAUUGUAUUUGAAAUACAUAAAAAACAUCUGAAUGCCGUACGUUAUAUAUAGUAAAGUGUAUUAUGGGCAUGUCCGGGUUCGAGCACCGGCCCGUAUCUGAGGCCUGUGUGUGAGGUUAUAAAGAGACUUUUACUGUUUAUUAAAUCUAAAUCUUUAUUCUAGCUGGAUUAGUUUUAUGUGCUGAUGGCAGAGAGGAGCACGACCUUAAGCAGGGGGGUUUGAACCUGCGGCUCGUGCAGCCAUUCGCGGCUGGACUUGUGGACUGUUAUUCCUGUAUGUUAAUCCAACUGUGCCAGGCAUGAGGGUGGCAUUUGGGAACCGUAUCUUACAAUUAUUAGAAUCUAGCUUGUACGUAUGUGUGUAUUUUAUUCUUGUUUAAAUAAGGUCUGAUAAUCAGCAAACAUGCAGCGAACCAUCCGAGCUUUGGCGUCACGUCUUGUGCCCAAAAAAAGAUUGACGAUUACUUUCUACACAUUUCCGUAAGCCAUCGCUUUCCCCAAGCGUUCCACUCAAAUUACCCAAGCAUCAUGACCACAUGGGCAUCAUGUGGGUUAGCGAUAAGCUGGGAUUUCAACCGAUUUUGCCGAAUCGCUCCUCACGGCCCCAAGAGUUACAGUUUACUGACAGGUUGUCCAUUUUUGGGACACCAAACUGGCCCCAUAUUAGCACCAGAGCAUCUGGCCUCACUCGUUUCCAUAGACAGAAUUUAAGGGCUUCUGUGAGUCUCUAAAACAAUUAUUUUAUCGUCCGAAUCCUUAAGAUAAAAAAAAUAAAUUAAUAAAAUAAUAACGUCCAGACCCAGUCACAUUCUCAAUCCCACUGUGCUACUGUGUUCAGUCAUGCUGCUGUACCAAUAUAAGUGAUCUGAUCUGAUAUCCUUCAUUCCGUACGAUCCUGCCUGUCAAAUCACGCAGACUGUAAAACUAAUCCAGCUCUAAAAGAAACUUCGAGUUUACAAAAAUCCUGACAAAAGCACAAACACUGAACCGAGUCGAGUUUACAGACGUCAAACGAAGCGAUGAACUUUUCUACCUGAGCAGAUUCGUCACGCCAUACCGGAGACUGUUAGUCGUUUUCUUCUCGUCUUUGUUUUCUAAGGACUGAAUAACUUUGUAUGUGUUUUCUUAAUGGUUUUUAUAGCGUCAGGAGGACCAAAACCGCCAUUGUGUGUCAAAGCGAUUUGCAUAUGAAGCCGUUUUACAUGCACUGUGUGUGAGAAGAGCGCAGGGUUAGAAAUAAAGGCACAAAAAAAAAAAAAAACGAGUCACGUGAGGAAGCGAAGCCGCCGAUUCCACUGUUAAUCCUGCUCGUUCUCGUGACGCUUCUCAGGAACGAUGGUAGACGUGACCAAAUCUCUCCCGAAUCGAGUGGAUCAGACCAUCCGAGAAGCCGUACUGACCUUCCAUACCGAGAUGUUGGUUUUUUUUAGGGGGUUUGAGGGGGGUUAAAGGCACCUAUGGAGAAACCAGCUGUAUUUUACCUAAACUGAAAUAUUAAAACUGUGAAUCAUAUCGGACGCAUUUAGUAGAUCAAAUUUAAAGAAACACAUCAGGGAUGGGCACGAUUAUUAAACUAUGUCAUAUAUUAGAGUUUCCAUUCAAAAAAAUUAAGACUGGUUUAAUCCCCGCGGUUCUUUAAUUCCAGGUCGGUUAGCUUCCGCGGCAGCUAUGUGUACGUGACAGGGGAUAAAGGACGUGACAUAACGACCUUUAUUAACGACGAUCCGAUAACGUGCAAUCGAUCAAUCAAUCGAUCAAUAAAGGAACGAGUGUUGUGUGAGUUUUGUACAAAGUUUCCGAUCAGCAGAUCUCUCUCUCUCUCUCUGUAAACCUGUACUGUGUGUAAACGUAUCUGUGAACGUCCAUCUGACCGCCGAGGUUUCGUCUAAAUGUUUAAAAAAAUAUAUAAAAAACCUCUAUUCUUUAUUCUUUACUCUUUACUGCAAUAAUGACGAGAAUAAUAAUAAUAUUAAAGCUCUCAGAAACUAAAGCACAUAGUCUUUAUGAAAUGUAAAAAAGAUUACUAUCAAUAACGAGAAGAGAAGUAUAUAUAUAAUAAACUAUAGAUAAUACCGUUUGUCUAGUCAGAGAAUAUUGUUUUGUAUAUUUCUAACUGUUUCCCGGGCCUAAUGUAAGAUAUUCUAUAUAUAAAUAAAUACAGAAAUAAAGAAAUAUAAUUCAUGUCUUUAGAUGGUGUUGUAUAAAAGCAUGAUUGCGAUGUUAUCUGAACAAUAAAUAAAGUAUUAUAGAUUAUAAUGAA